AUGCAGUCAAUUUGCUUGCUGCUGGGCCUCGCAGCCCUCAUAUCUGCUACUCCGCUAGGUCAGCAGUUGGUACUGGGUGAAACAGAGCCUGCCGGACAGGUGCUGGCGUCGCGCAAACCAUUGAGUGGUCGAUUCUUGCAUAUAACAGAUUUUCAUCCCGACCGCCUCUACAAGCCCGGCACCUCGAUCGAUCGCUCGUGCCACCAUGGUGAUGGACCCUCAGGAUACUUUGGAGCCGAAGGCACCGAGUGCGAUUCACCCCUAUCCCUGGUCAACGAAACUUUCCGCUGGAUUGAGGAUAAUCUGAAGGAUGAUAUCGAUUUUGUGAUUUGGACCGGCGAUUCUGCCCGACACGAUAAUGACGAGAAAUUGCCUCGCUCGGCCGAGGAGAUUGUACAGCUGAACAGAUUUCUGACACAAAAAUGGGUGGACUUGUUUAGCCAGGAACAAGACAAGGAUACCGCCGGUGCCGUCUCGAAGUUAUCUGUCCCUGUGAUUCCGACCUUCGGCAACAACGAUAUCAUGCCCCACAACAUUUUUAACGAAGGCCCGAAUAAGUGGACGAAGCGCUUUGCCGAUGUGUGGAAGGAGUUCAUCCCAGAGGACCAGCGUCAUACCUUUGUGGAGGGUGGCUGGUUCACAGCUGAGGUGGUCCCCGGUCGGCUGGCGGUGAUCAGUCUGAACACGAUGUACUUUUUUGAAUCCAACAGCGCGGUCGAUGGAUGCAAGGCCAAGUCAGAACCGGGAUACGAGCACAUGGAAUGGUUACGCGUCCAGUUGAAAAUCCUCCGGAGCCGAAACAUGAAGGCUAUCCUGAUGGGCCACGUUCCCCCAGCGCGCUCCAGCGAGAAGAAGAACUGGGAUGAGACUUGUUGGCAGAAAUAUACUCUUUGGAUGCAUCAGUAUCGCGAUGUUGUUGUCGGCAGUCUUUACGGUCAUAUGAACAUUGAUCACUUUAUGCUCCAGGACAGCAACAAGGUCAAGAUCGCUGAUGCUGACGGGAAGGUGUCUGUCCGCUCCAAAUCCAACUACCUCGAAUCACUCCGAGACCAGUGGUCUUCUUUGCCUUCUCCUCCGACUAAUGCCUUUGAGGAGCUUGAGGAGAUCAUGUCAGACAACGAUGAUUCUGACGUGACUGUCGCGAAGAAGAACAAAAAGCACAACAAAAAAGACAAGAAGAAGCGCAAGUUCCUCGAAAAGAUUGGAGGUCCGUGGGCAGAGCGAUACAGUGUAUCAUUGGUCGCACCCAGUUUGGUCCCAAACUAUUUUCCAAGUCUCCGUGUGAUUGAAUACAAUAUCACCGAUCUCGACAAUGUUGCACUUGGCGUUGAUUUGACCUCUUAUGAGACUCAGUCUAUCUCCGAUGAUGUUGACGACACGGCACAUGAAACAAUCGAGCAUGAAACAUUCGAAUCCAACCCGUCUACCACAGACCCAGAGAUUCAAAAGAAAAAGAAAAAAGACAAGAAGAAGAAGCCCAACUUCAAAGUUCCCGAACCCCCAUCUUCAACCGCUCCCCCAGGUCCCGCGUACUCCAACCAGGCGCUUUCGUGGCUGAGCUACACCCAAUACUUCGCCAAUCUAACACAGAUCAACCACGAGAUCGCAACAGGCCAGCAAGGCGACGAUCCUCGUAUCAACUUCGAAGUCGAGUACCGCACAGAUGAUGACGUGUACCAGAUGAAGGACCUCACAGUGCGCAGCUACUUCCAACUCGCAGCCAGAAUUGCCGAGGAGGAUCAAGCCGACGCAGACAGCCACAGCGGCUCUCAUAGCCUGACGACUGAUUGGUCUGCCACCAAUAAAAAGAAGCCCAUCAACACAGCCUGGCGCACUUUCCUGACGCGAGCAUUUGUUGGCUAUGAAGAUAUUGAUGAUUUGCUUGACUAG